UGGUCUAUGGUCGAUGUAGUACACAUCACAGUUUCGGGAGAAAACUUCGAAAUUUUCUUUAUAUUCACACCAUUACCAUAUGGAAACUGAUAUUUUGUGUUAAUUUACUCAUCAUUAAUAACAAUGGCUCUCACCGUGGAUAAGUUGAUGAACGACGAAAGAUUCUGCGGAGACAAUGUCAUCCAAUUCUUUCUGUAUAUGCCAUUUGGUAUUGUGCUGGUGGUGUUCCGCUUGUUCCUGGCCCUGAUCCUGUGGAUAGCAUCUAUAAUAUUACCUGAUAAAUGGGCAAUCAGACAGAUGCUAUCAACUUUGGCGUGUUGGACAUUUGGUGUGUAUGUGAAGCUGAAAGGGACCCGAGAUCCGCGCUGUAGCGUCAUGAUCGCCAACUACGUGUCGUGUCUGGACUCGUUGGCCGCAGCACAUGUGCUUGGCACAAUCAGUGUAAGUAAACUAGAGUUUUGUCGGGCUGGGCCUGUACGCCAGAGACUAUAAAUACGAUGUUCGUGG